AUGCUUGGCGCACAAAAAUAUAACGACUAUCUGGACGAAAAAAACUGGCAACUGGAAGCCCUGCGGCUCACCACCUGGACCGCUGCCGUCAGGCAGUAUGUCGGAGAUCGCUAUGACACCAUUGUUAAAAACAAGCCGACAGCCGGAAAACCACACUGCGUGGGUACGCAGUCGCUGAAAGAUGCGGGCCUGCUGUCAUCAGGGUUUGCGCUGAAGAAUCCGGAAGGCCAGACGCUGAGAGCCUGUCUGGUGACACUCAGGAAAGAUGCCAGCCGUCUCGAGGGCAUGAUUGUCUCUGAAGGCGGUGUUCCACUGACGCUGAAAGCCAUGCUGCUCACCUCCCGUGAUAUUCGCCAGGGUUACGGGGGCUACAUUGAAAAAGCCGGUGUGGCUACCGGCGCACAGAAAGCCUGGACAGCCGCACUGACAGGCUACGGCAUCAACAACGGUACCGCAGGGCAUAUGACUGUGCUCCUGAGCGCGGAUGAUUUAACCGCUGCACGGUCAUCAUCGCAAGAGGAUACCGACCGGCUGUAUCGUUUUAAAACGCCCGGAAGGCCCGAACUGAAUGCGAUGAAAACUGACAUCGAUAUGAGCGGGAACAACCUCAAUAACACCGGGACCGUGAAUGCAACCACCGGGAAAUUCAGCGGUAACAUCAACGCAUGGGAGGGUAACUUUGGCGGCGCGGUAUCGGUGAACGGGAAUAUUACCGGACAAAACGGGUAUUUCAGAGGCCGCCUCACAACCAACGAAUAUCUGCAGCUUUGGGGACUCGCGCAGGCGGGACAAGGGUGUUAUCCAAACGGCCUCAUCGCUCGUGAUACGCAGGGCGCAGUUCUCUCAUGCCAGAAUGGCAUAUGGAUGACGAACUCAGGGGUGCCUGUCGGAACGAUCAUUGCCUGGGGAGCGGGAAAUAUUCCCUCCGGCUGGCUAAUCUGCAAUGGUUCUUCAUUCUCAAAAGCAGCAUUUCCGGCGCUUGCCGCAUACUACCCUGACGGACGAGUGCCCGAUUUUCGCGGCGUCGUGUUACGCGGUCUGGAUCAGGGCGCGGGCCUUGAUUCCGAACCCGCAAGAGGCAUCCUGAGUUAUCAGGGUGAUGCCCUGCAGGAUCACACGCAUAUCGCGGGUACCGAGACAGGAUACCAUGACAAUGUGCCGUCAACCCUGACCCGCAAUACGCCGGGCGGCGAAAGUUUACGCUGGUACAACGACCGCAGCGGCAAUGUGAACACGCACUGGGGCAAUGCCCGGAUAUCAACAGAAACCCGCACAAAAAACAGGGCGGUUUUCUACCUCAUCAAAGCCCGUUAG